AAUUGCUUUCCUCAAACUACCCAAGAAAGCUGUCUCCACUUCCCCUAAUUCAGGAGAAACCAAACCAUAUCUCCACACUCUUGAACAACUUCAACCACAAGUGAACCCAUCACAUAUAACUCCCACACCAAGCUACCCAAGCGCACGCACAAAAAAAUUGCUCGACAAUGGCAAACAAAGCCCAAAUAGCAGCUGCUUCGUGGGGGGUCAAGACCAGCUUCCACUCCCUGGUGGCUCUCCUGCUUGCCGGUGCCGUCAUCGGCGUCGUCUACCUCACCCGCGACGCAGAGCAGCCAGCGCUGGAUGAAGAUAGAGCGGCGCUCCUCCAGAACUCGGCCGAAGCGGCUUCGCCAGCGCCGGCGCCUUCAGCGUCGGAGAAGGAGUGCGACUUGUUCUCGGGGCGGUGGGUUUUCGACAAUGUGUCGUACCCUCUCUACAAGGAGAAAGAGUGCAAGUACAUGUCAGAUCAAUUGGCUUGUGAGAAAUUUGGACGGGAAGACUUGAGGUAUCAGCAGUGGAGGUGGCAACCCCGUGGAUGUGACCUUCCUAGGUUCAAUGCCACAGCAUUGUUGGAGAGGUUAAGGAACAAGAGGCUCGUGUACGUGGGUGACUCGCUGAACCGAGGCCAAUGGGUCUCCAUGGUUUGCCUGGUCGAGUCCGCCAUCCCUCCAAACCUCAAAUCCAUGUCGUCCGAGCACAACUACUCCCUGCUCAUCUUCAAGGCCGCUGAAUACAAUGCGACUAUUGAGUACUAUUGGGCACCACUGCUAGUGGAAUCCAACUCUGACGAUCCAGUCAACCACCGGGUGCCCGAUCGGAUCGUCCGAGUUCAAGCCAUUGAGAAGCAUGCGAGGCAUUGGUCCAAUGCCGACAUUCUCGUUUUCGACUCGUAUCUUUGGUGGAGGAGAUACCAAAUGAAAGUAUUGUGGGGCUCGUUCGGAAGUCGGGAUGGGAUUUACAAAGAUGUGAUGAUGCCACGUGCCUAUGAGAUGGCUCUUAGCACAUGGUCGGAUUGGUUGGAAGUGCAUGUGAAUAGAUCGAAGACCCAACUGUUCUUUGUGAGCAUGUCUCCAACUCAUGAAAGAGCCGAGGAAUGGGGUGGGGACGUCGGCCAAAACUGCUACAUGGAAACCGAACCAAUCACGAAAGAGGGGUACUGGGGAAGCGGGUCGGACCUGGCAAUGAUGCGGGUCGUCAAGUCCGUGGUUGACGGAUUGAAAGCGAGGGGCCUCGGGGUUCAAAUCCUCAACAUCACACAGCUCUCUGAGUACCGGAAAGAAGCACACCCAUCCAUACAUAGACGACAAUGGGAACCCUUAACCGAAGAGCAAAAGGAAAAGCCGAUUAGCUAUGCGGAUUGCUUCCAUUGGUGCUUGCCCGGAGUGCCAGAUGUGUGGAACGAGCUUCUCUAUGCCCACAUUUUCCAUAAUCGGACACAAAGAUUAGAGGAUAGAGUUGAAGGAUUGUGACUCAGGGAGCUUCUUCUUUCUUACAUUUACUUAACUUGAGGUUUGACCACAAUUAAGUGAAGUUGGGAUGGAUUUACCUCCCCUCUAGGGCCACUACACCACAAGGAAAAAAUAGUCUUGAAAGAAGAAAGAAUGUACAAAGGGUGCCUUAUUUGCUUUUUCUUUUUUCCCUUUUUCAACCAUUGUUAUCUUUUUCUAUUGCGGUAAUGUGAUGGGGAUUUUGGAGUU